CAGGUUAUUGAACAUCCAGACAGAUUAGGGUUCGGACUCCCAUCAAAAGCUGUAGACACCCUGCAGAGCCCACUUCAUUGUCGUCGCAGCUCGGAUCUCUCCCUCCCUCCUCCGUUGUCGCCAUCGCCAUCGUGAGACUCCCUCCCUCCUUCACUCCCUCCCUCUCUGCUCCCCGACUUCCCCUCGCGGGUGGUUACUACAGUUCCGGAGGCUGAUACUGUUGGCGCCGUUGUAGUUCGUGACUCUGGGGGUGCGGUUUCCGCUGAAGCAGGGGGGCGGUUGGAGGGGUUUUGUGGAGUGUGGAGCUCGCGGUUGUGUGGUGGUGGUGGUCUUGCUGUGACUCGGGGCUGCCUGUCGCUACCGGAGGGCUGGGCACAGUUUGUUCCAAUCGUUGUAGGCAGGUUUCGGAGCCGCGGUCUUGAGGUAGGCGGCGGGGGCUUAGCUUUCAACUCGCCUGGCAGGUUGAGAUCGAAGGGCAAGUUUGCACACCGCUGCGGUGGUGUGAGGCCAGGAACAAUGGCGAACCAUUCCGCGAAUGCCCCUGCUCAAAUUCCUGCUGCAGCACAUGUGGUGGGGAACGCGUUCGUGAACCAGUAUUACACCGUCCUUCAUCAGUCACCACAAGUGGUUCAUCGGUUUUACACCGACUCCAGCCGCUUGACUCGGGCCGAAGCAGGAGCUGAUGGUGCCGUGGAUACCGUUUCCACCCAGAAUGAAAUACACCAGAAAGUGAUGUCGUUGGACUACAGCCAACUGAAGGCAGAAAUCAAGACCGUGGACUCUCAGGACUCGCUGAAUGGUGGAGUGCUGGUUCUAGUGACGGGGUCGCUGUCCACGAGUUCCAGUGGGAAGAGGAAUUUCGUGCAGAGCUUCUUCUUGGCUCCACAGGAGAAAGGAUACUUCGUGCUGAACGACGUCUUCCGUUAUCUGGAUGACGCUACUCCGCAGGAAAAGACUGACCAACCCGUUCCCGAGCCAGCUGCGGAGCAACAGGCUUCGGCGCCGGAACCCGAGUUGGUGAGGGAGGUUUCACCCUCUGCUUCGGAGAGCGAGACGAUGGUCCAGGAGGUUCGCGUGCACCCGGAGACUGCAGGAAGUGAAGGCGAGGAUGAGGACGGCCAGGCGCCAGUUCUAGACACGACUACACCGGUGAUCGAGGAACCGGAGUCGCCGAUGGUCCAGGACGCCCCGUCUUCGGCAGUGAAUGAGGCCGAGAGUGGUGGGGAGGCACCCAAGAAGCACUCGUACGCGUCUAUUCUGAGGGUUAUCGGAACACCGCCUCCGAAGGCUACGCCUCAGGCCCCGGCCGAACGUCCUGCAGCCAGUGCAACGGCAUCUCCAGCUCCUGCGACAGCUCCUACACAGGAAGUGCAGGAAGAGAGCGCACCUGUGGAAAACGAAGCUGACGGGCGGUCAGUGUACGUGAAGAAUCUGCCGAUGAACACCACGGCACCAGAGCUAGAGGAGGUGCUGCGCAACUAUGGGACGGUGAAACCUGGCGGCGUGAACGUGAAGAAUCAGAAGGGUGUAUGCUACGCUUUUGUGGAGUUCGAGGAAGUUAGUGGAGCUCAGAGUGCGAUCGAGGCUUCGGGUGUGGAAAUCCGUGGGCGUCCAGUGUACAUCGAGGAGAAGAAGCCCAUGGGACGAGCGCCGAGGCGUUCGGUCGACAACAGAGGCGAGCGGCCAUAUCGUAGCGACAGAGGCGAAGGGGGAAGAGGACGCGGGUCAUACGGUGGGCGAAACUUCGGUCGUGGCAUGGGGCUAGAGUCACGGGAGCGAGACGGAGGCAGCAGGGGCGGGCGCGGGUCCGGAGCUCCGCGAGGAGGGUACCCUAACUCGAACGGCAGUGGUGCGGCAGCGUACGGCGGGGGAGAGCGUCGCGGCGAAGGUCAAAGAGCACCAAGACGCAACCCUGGUGCGGCGCAGGGUGGGCGCGGUAACGGUGCGCCUGCGGCCGCUCCGGCGUGAGCAGAGGUGGUGGUGGGAUGGGCAAGGGUGCGGAAGGGCGAAGCGAAGUCGGGCAAAUGCUUGGGUGUGAGGCAGCGGGGAUGCAUCUGAGUUGCCUAGUGGUGCGAUGUUAGUAGUAGUGGGUGAAGGCCCGUUUAGGGGCUGGGAGGUGGAGGGUUACAGGAUGUGGUAGUGCCGAGUAGCGUAGGUGCAGUGUCAGGGCUAAGAGAGUUGGUAGAGGGAGUCAGCGGAACUCGCUGCCAAAGGUGCGCAGUGGAAUAGAUGCUCACAAGCCAAUUUGUGAAAUGUUUUUGGCGGAAGGUAGAGUGGGAGGAGGUUUAUAGGGGUGGUGAUGUUGGCAAGCACGCGACGGUUCGCAGCAAAGAUUUUGACGAGCGUAGGUUAGUUGACAAUUGCUGGGAGACUAGUCUGGUGUGAAGGGCGAGGAAGAUAUACAUUGACGUCCUGGCGCAGUGCGUUUUGAUAUUUGGUGGCACGGAUUACAGAUGAUGAGAAGCGAUUGUAAAUUGAGUAGGUUGGCAAGCAAUUUUGGAAUAAUGAUGUGAUGAGAUGCCAGGCUGGUAUUGUCGAGGAAUAACAUGUGGCUAAUUUUGUGGAUGA